AUGGCCGAUGAGUCUUUGGCAGCCGCAAACCGUGCUGAGAUCAUCAGCUGUUUCAAGGAAACACACCAAAAACCAUGGACUUCGAACCCCGCUCCAUGCCAUGUCGCUCCUAUUACAGAAUCCUCAUCCGUAUCGGAGAACUUCACGGAUUCGGGAUAUUCUUCCCCAGACGAUCCUGCUAUAUUCGAUUCUCGAGACAGACUUCAGGAAAGCAAAGCACGGCCCAAAGGAAUUCCAGUCAAGCUGGGCGGCCGAGAUCUCCUCAGAUUCAAAAUCACACCAGACAAGUCAACACGCGAUCGCUUCAGCCAUGUCAUAAACCAGAUAGAGCCAUUGUUACUGGCUCGCUUGAAGAAGAAGACUGGGGAGCGAAUAGGUCCGAUCGCAUUUCGAUCAAUGAUACUCGGGACAACUGCGGAAAACGCUCAUGAGCAUAUUGUUGUGCUUUGCCCCAGCCAGCUUCUAGACACUAUCAACGAAUUCUUCGAAAAGACUAAGAUAAUCAAAGAGCUGUGUGAGCCGAGUGACAAGAUACCGUCUAUCAGUAUCAUUGUUGAGGGUAGAGAGCCACGUAUGAUGGCACAGCUCUUGCAUUCAGUCAUGGCAAUGGGUCCUGCUCCCCUAAGUCCCGAUGACAUUUACAUGCCUGGGAUGCAGAGCCUCAGUGGACAGUGUGUCGUAGCCAAAGAUACUCUGGGCAUCGCAAUUAUCGCGACUUGCGGUGGAAUGAUCAAAGUGGUGGACAAGACUGGUAAACGAAUGCUCUAUGGAAUGACGGCUGGCCACGUCUUCAACGACGCGAACUCUCAAAUUACUCAAGAUUUAGCCAAUGUAUGGAAGCCACAAUAUCGUGAAGAAUGGCUGACGUCCGGUAGAGUUUGGAAGAGAGACGGGCUCCAAGAAAAAGGCCCGGAUUGCGAUUGGGCCUUGCUCGCACCUGAGGACGUCUGGCUGUUCGGGGCGAAUAGGUACCGUACACGAGACUCUUCAGGACAGCCCAUUGAGCAUGCUCUCACCACUGAAAUUGGAACUUUUCCGCCCGACACAAUCUGCCAGGAAGUGGAGAUGAUUGACGCUCCUCACUCCACUAAGCCCGGCCUGCUUUCAUCUGAGCCAACUCGGAUUCUGUUAGGAGCCGAUGAUGCGUUCACACAGGCCUACAUUCUCACGCUGGACGAGGGCGAAGUCCGUAGCGGCGAUUCUGGUGCUUGGGUCGUGGGAUCAUCCUCCCACGACGUUUUCGGCCAUAUAGUUGCGAGAGACAUGUUUGGUGACGCUUACGUUGUUCCUUUGGACCAGACUUUUAACGACAUUCGAACGAGUAUGGACGCGACUUCCGUUCAAUUGGCUUCUCCGCAAGACUUCGCAGCAGUAGCCGGUGACGAAUCCCUCCCCGGCCAUGUGCGAAGAUUUGACCCCUUUACAAUCUUGACUUCAUGGCACGAGAUCUGGCAUCCACGAGGGUCGACACGGGGGUCGCAUGGGAUGGCCCAACUGCCAAAUGAUAUCAACAGGUCUACGACAUUGCCUGAUUCCGCUUACGGGUCGGCAGAUUCGACUCCGCAAGUAUCACUUUCCGCCAUGCCUAUUUGCAUCAGCGAUGAUCUUCCCUCCGACUUCAAAGCCACCGACGAUGCAACAGAGGAGUGUAUAUUCGGGAGUUUUGAGCCAGGUGGCAUUCAUUUAUGGGAAGAUGGUCAAGCAGGAGAUGACGAAGUGCCUGACAUGUCGUGGCGGGUAUUCUAA